AUGUCCAAGACAAAGACUAAGCGCGCUCGCCGUGAGCUCAAACGUGAAGGAGACAAGAAGAUCUUCGCGAUCCACAAAAAGAACGCGAAAGCAGCCGCCGAGGCGAAACCUACUGCGAAAGCACCUGCGAAGAAGAAACACGGGAAGACGAGCGCACCAGUCGCAGCAGCAACUACAUCUACGACCACAUCUGCCCACGUACAGCCCUCGCAGAAGCGCAAAAUGCCAUUCGGCGAAUACGACCACAUCCUCCUUGUCGGCGAAGGCGACUUCAGUUUUACCCGCUCCUUAGCCAUAGAACACGGCUGCGCAAAUGUAACCGCAACAAGUUACGACGACGAAGAAGACCUCCACAGCAAAUACCCUACCUUCAAAGAGAUACAAGCCGAACUUUCGGCACUCUCACCGCCGGUACCUCUCCACCACGACAUCGAUGCAACCAAACUUUCAAGCUAUAAACAGUUACGGUGUAAACGUGAUGAGGAUGACGACGACGAGGGUUGGGAUAUAAUCACAUUCAUGUUUCCCCAUACAGGCGGUCUUUCCACCGACGUGAACAGACAAGUCCGCGCGAACCAAGCUCUGCUAGUAUCUUUCUUCAAGUCUUGUCUCGACACGUCGAACCAGAAACGGCGGUUACAAAUCUUGCGAAACCAAGAAGCAGAUAAGGAGAAACGUGCUGCUCCUCAGCAGACAAUAAGGCCCUUCCUACGCAUGGGCGGAAAAAUCAUUGUCACGCUGUUCGAGGGCGAACCGUACACAUUGUGGAACAUCCGCGAUCUGGCGAGACAUGCUGGGUUGAGGGUGGUGGAGAGCUGGAAGUUUGAUUGGGAGCAGUAUCCCGGCUACCAUCAUGUCAGGACUCUGGGCGCCAUGGAGACCGGAUGGAAGGGCGAGGACAGAGCUGCACGCAUGUUCAUGUUUGAGAAAAUUCCGCUUGUGGCUGAUAGCGAUGAAGAGAAGGAGAUGGCGCGGCAGGCAAAGGUGGGGAGGGGUGGACGGUUACCGAGCCAGAAAGAAGCAAUGAAGAGAGCAAUGGAAGGAGAAGAGGAAGAGGAAGACGACGAUGAGUGA